ACAUGAUGCGGAAGAAUUACAAUCUCAUGCUACAGUUGCACAUGUGUUUGUGUAUUAGACAUUUAUUGCUAGAAAUAUGUCGUUUUAGGACAUUUAUUAUUGCAUUAAUUUAUAAUUAGAUGAUAUAAGUGAAAUGACAAAUUGCUUAAAGACUACGAUUUCUGCUGUUGGUUGAGCUUGGUAAACAGUAACGUAUUUGAACAGUGCUAGCUAGCUACAAUGUUAUAGUGUGUUAUGGUGUCACAUUGAUUCAUUUAGCACAUGAAACAUUUGUAGCACUGACACGUCACAUAACUGGACAGUCUAUCUACCAUGACUAUGACGGAGGAAGCACCGAGUGUCCCUGAGUGCUACAUCUCAGAACAUGAAGGGUUCUAUGGAACCAUCAAGAACUUCAGCAGAGACUUUGUAGUCACAGAGAUCGACAUCCAUGGCCAGAUGGUCACUAAACCCAGUGUAUCUGAUUUUUCUCAAUCAUCCAUCAUUACUGAGGCAUGUCCAGGUGCCAAGUCUGAAGGAAAGACAAAUAUUAUUAGCCCAAAACAUCAACACAUCCUCAAAGAAGAGAAUUCAGAACCUGGACCCAGUCAGAAUGGAAACAUCGCAUCCACCGCCAGCCAAGACUGUUUUGACCUGAGCAUAAUACUGGGUCAGGCUGUCUGUGAAGAGCUAGAGCAGUUCACUGCUUUAUUGAGAGAGAUGUCAUCAAGUCCCAAUGAUGGCGUUGAGAAGAAGCUGGCCAACCAAGAAUCAUCCAAUGGCAGUGAGAAGAAGAUGGCCAAUCAAGAGUUAUCCCUGGGUUCAUUCCCAGACAAACACCAAAGAGCUAAUGUCCACCGCGCUGUCCGACACAGCUUUCCCUUCCUGUUGACAGUAACCAACCAAUCAGAGAUCAGGGUUAAGGAGGACCCUGACUUUAAGCUCCUAUCAGGUUUGGUCUCCGAUGAGGAGGCCGAAGACUUUAUCAGGUUCAUCGACACCAAGAUGCCUAAUUCUGUGUACACAUUCAGGAGUGAUGACAGUAAGGAGCACAGGACGGCAGUGCACCACUUCCUCAGUAGACGGUUUGGUAAACUGGUGGAGACCAAGAGCUUCAGUGACCAGCAGCAGAAGACUACGGCCAUUACGGUCCGGUUGAGAGAAAAAGGGAAACCCAGGAAGAGGACGGCUGAUGACAGUAAAGAGGAAGAGGUCUAUACAGCGUUUACUCUGAGGAAGGAGAACCUAGAGACUCUGGAGGCUAUCAGCUACAUGGCAGCUAUCCUGGGGGUGCUGCCCUCUGACUUCACCUACGCUGGCAUCAAGGACAAGAGGGCCAUCACCUACCAGUCCAUGGUGGUCAAGAAGAUCUCACCACAACGGCUGAGAGAGAAGACCAGUGAGUUUGAGAAGAGGGGGGUGGUCCUCUCCUCCGUCCGCUCCGUCUCUGAGCCUCUUCAUCUGGGUAGACUCCAGGGGAACCACUUUGACCUGGUGGUACGGGAUCUGAGGCCACACCAGGGUCAUGGCACACUGAUGGAGCUGGACUCACUGCUGCAGGAGGCUGUGGAGAACGUAAAGGUCAAGGGGUUUGUGAACUACUAUGGACCUCAGAGGUUUGGGACUGGACAGAGUGUUCAGUCUGACCGCGUCGGACUGGCCCUGCUCAAAGAGGAAAUGGUGGCAGCUGUCCGUCUGUUUUUCACACCAGAAGAGGGUGAUGAUCCUCAGAGCGUUGCCAAGAGACACUUCCUCCAGACUGAUAAUGCCAAGGAGGCCCUGUCUCUGAUGCCCAUGUCCAAGGCCAGAGAGAGGAUGAUGCUGAGGGCCCUACAUCGCUAUGGGACGGGCCCAGAGGGCUGCACCCGUGCCUGGCUCAGCCUACCCCAUGGGAUGAGGGUCUUCUACCCCCACGCAUACUGCAGCCGGGUCUGGAACGAGGCGGCUGCACACAGGCUGACCACGCUGGGCCACAGGGCCAGGCAGGGAGAUCUGGUCUGGAAGCAGAGGAGAGAGGAGGGGAUAGAGGCGGGAGAAACCAGCUUACCUCAGAUUCAUGUUGUUACUGCUGCAGAGGAGGAGGAGGAAGUCUACUCACUAGGACAGGUGGUUCUUCCCAUGCUUGGCAACAGUGUGGUACCCAGAGAACCCUGUAGGGGAUACUGGUACCAGGAGAGACUGGAGGAGGAUGGACUACAGAGCUGUCGUUUCAGAGUCACUCCUCUCAAACUGAACCUCCCUGGCUGCUACCGCCCCUUACUGGCCAUCCCACAUAGCCUAGACCUGGAGGCUGGAGCAGGGCCAGAGAGGAGGGGAGUCAACGGUGCAGUACCCUCAACAGCAACGGUGCAGUACCCUGACACAGAUACAACUAGACCUGGAGGUCUGGAGAGACAGAGAGGAGGGGAGUCAACGGUGCAGUACCCUGACACAGAUACAACUAGACCUGGAGGUCUGGAGAGACAGAGAGGAGGGGAGUCAACGGUGCAGUACCCUGACACAGAUACAACUAGACCUGGAGGUCUGGAGAGACAGAGAGGAGGGGAGUCAACGGUGCAGUACCCUGACACAGAUACAACUAGACCUGGAGGUCUGGAGAGACAGAGAGGAGGGGAGUCAACGGUGCAGUACCCUGACACAGAUACAACUAGACCUGGAGGUCUGGAGAGACAGAGAGGAGGGGAGUCAACGGUGCAGUACCCUGACACAGAUACAACUAGACCUGGAGGUCUGGAGAGACAGAGAGGAGGGGAGUCAACGGUGCAGUACCCUGACACAGAUACAACUAGACCUGGAGGUCUGGAGAGACAGAGAGGAGGGGAGUCAACGGUGCAGUACCCUGACACAGAUACAACUAGACCUGGAGGUCUGGAGAGACAGAGAGGAGGGGAGUCAACGGUGCAGUACCCUGACACAGAUACAACUAGACCUGGAGGUCUGGAGAGACAGAGAGGAGGGGAGUCAACGGUGCAGUACCCUGACACAGAUACAACUAGACCUGGAGGUCUGGAGAGACAGAGAGGAGGGGAGUCAACGGUGCAGUACCCUGACACAGACACAACUAGACCUGGAGGUCUGGAGAGACAGAGAGGAGGGGAGUCAACGGUGCAGUACCCUGACACAGAUACAACUAGACCUGGAGGUCUGGACAGGCAGAGAGGAGGGGAGAGCGUGCAGGGUAAUGGAGAGGGGGAGUCAACGGUGAAGUACCCUGACACAGACGCAACUAGUUUGACCUUGAACUUUGACCUGGACUCUUCCUGCUACGCCACCAUCUGCCUCAGAGAGGUCAUGAAAUGUGACCCUUAAACUGGAGUCUCAGAUGUUGUAUGUACUACUGUGUGUACAGUAUUUUGUUUAAUAUUGUACUUUGUACACAGUAUGGCCUCUUGUGUACAUGUAGGGUACUGCUACAGUAUUGUGUUUUGUACACAGUAUGGCCUCUUGUGUACAUGUAGGGUACUGCUACAGUAUUGUGUUUUGUACACAGUAUGGCCUCUUGUGUACAUGUAGGAUACUGCUACAGUAUUGUGUUGUGUACACAGUAUGGCCUCUUGUGUACAUGUAGGAUACUGCUACAGUAUUGUGUUGUGUACACAGUAUGGCCUCUUGUGUACAUGUAGGAU